AUGAUGCUAUUUCUUUUCCUAAUUUGCUCCAAACUGCGAGAAAGGUUAAAAGAUGUUGGACACAAGUUAAAAGAUGAAGUUGUGCAUAAGGCUGAAGAUGUUGGGCAUCAGAUAAAAGAUGAAGCUGAGAGUAAGUUAGAAGAUGCUGGGCAUAAGUUAGAAGAUGCUGGGCAUAAGGCUGGAAAUCAAUUGGCUGAUGUUGUUGUAAAGGGAUAUGAAGCACUUGUAGAUAAAGGAAAAGCAGAAACGAAGAGAGUAUGGAGAAAGGUAGGGCAUCAAGUAGAAUCUUGGGCUGAACAAAUAUGCUUUGUUCUUCGACAUUCAACUGAGUCUCAAUAUGCAAAUCCGGCUAUGGUAUUUGGAUAUGUCGGUCAAUCCGAAACAGAAAAAUAUAUGAAUGAAGCAAAAGACGCAGCUUCUUAUGAUUUUGGCGACACAGUGAAUACUAAAGCAAAAGGUGAUGAACAAAGUCCUUGUGUUCACCAAGGACAAGCCAUAAUUGAGGGAGAUAACCUUGCGCUAUUAUCAAGUUAUGGACUAUAUAGAAUUGAUACUAAUACCCAUGAAUUCCGCACUCAAUCAGUGUACAACGAUACGGAAAUUACCGAAGAAGGACAAUUGGCUGUGCUCCAUAAAUAUGAAGUUAUUUUCACAGUCCAAACCGAUGCAACAAAGAAAGACGGAACAGUAGAUGAAUACAGAAAACUUACACCAGAAGAGAUUGAACAAUUGGUUCGCAUGUUUGUAGAACAUAUUAAGAAGGCAAUGAAAAGAUUAGUGAAGCAAAUUUUCUGA